CCUAACCACAGCAUCUCGAGUAAGAAGCGCGCAUCUACCUAAUUAGCAGCAAAUAUGAUUGGAACUUACAGUUUCUUAAAGAUCAGCAACAUGACGCGCCAUCGACGUGUGCUCCUUGACAGUUUUCUCGUCUUCUACCUCCGAGCGGCCGUCGGCUGGGACACCUGAGCCUGAUUUUGUGCUUGCGAGUCAGCGAAACAACAGGAUGUCGUCCUCCACUUCUAGCGGCGGGAAGGCCCCCUCCACCGCGCCUCCGCCACCAACGGCAGCUGACACGACGAAGACAAGCAAGAAAAAUAAAACUUCGUCGACCUCUGACGAGGAAGGCACGGUGAAGAGCUAUUGCAAAGAAAAGUUGAAGGCCCUGGACAAAAAAAUAGACGAAGCAGCGGCCGAGCUUCGCGAUGACAUCCAAAGUAGAAACACAGCAACUGAAGCGAAGGUUGAUGAGGUCGAAAGCAACACCACGAAAAAGUUCGAAGAAAUCUCCAAACGACACGAGCAGAGUUCUACCACACUGCGGUCGGAGAUGGACCAGAAAAACGCUGCCUUCUCAGAAGAUCUUGCAAAGAAGUUCGCGUCCAAAGCCGACCUCGAGCAGUUUGGGUCCCAAACGAAGAAGUACGCACGGGAGGAGAUAGACAAGUGCGACGAACAGCUUCGGGCUUUUGUUGACAGCCGGAUAAAAGCAGCAGCGGAGCUGGGGGAAGAAAAGCACCGGAGAGUACAUCAUCGAUCCAGCUUGGAAGCGGACUUGGGCGAGAUCUCGAAAGAUUUGAAGGCGAACACAGCGGAAGUCCCGAAAGCCCAGCGACCCAAGCUUGGCCCUCUCGAGAGGAUGGAGCAGGGUGUGAAAAAUCUCGCAUCUGGCGGCACGGAGAAGGAAGCGGGAGAAUGGAUCGAGGCCGCGACGACGAAGCCGAGCAACUCAAAAACAACUGCGAUCGCAGCGAAACCACCACGCGACGACAACAAGUACGAGCUGCGCAGCGCAACGAGAACUACUCCCGCUUCCCUAGAUGAAGUUCCCUGCCGGAGAACGGUCGGGCGAACAGGAUGGAACGGAAAAGACUGUUGUCUCGUCCUCUGCGGAGGCUUGCUCGGUGUUGUCCUAUCGACCCUGCUGUACGGCCUGGCAAUCAAGUUCGCAGCAGGGACGGUGUGCGAUUUCGGCGUCCCCGGAUCCCAGUACGGGUUCGCCGCCUGCGACGCGCCCAGCCGAAGCCGCUGUGAAAAUUGGGCCACUGGAGUGAACACAAGCUUGGGCGGAGGGAACACGACUGCAAGCCCACUGCAGCACGGCAACACCACUGACCACGCAGCUAAAACCCGCCCCGCUGCCAAUACUACUGCCCAGCGUGAGGACAACCCUAGCGUCACGCCGAGCAAGCGCAAGAGAAAAACAUCGUCGAAAAAGCCGCCCGUGAAUAUGCAGCGCCUCGCCAUGCAGGAAUUAAAAAAGCAGAUGUACGCUUUGGCACGGGGACUAGCCGGCGACGACGUCGGCAAGCUGGCGCUGGUAGCAGCGAUCGAAAAUGAGUUCUCCGCCCCCCGCGUCGAGGAGGUUUCUACGUCCGAAGAGUCCGAACAUCGAACGCCGCCGAAAAGCACAGCGGGUCUGCAAGGAUCGAGCUCGCCGGGAGGCGAGGCGUAGUGGUGAAGCAGUACUUCUCAACACGGUCGCGGCAGUGUGUGGUGAAACUGUCACGGGAAACAAACCUAAACUUCAUCUCAAUCAAUAAGUAUCGAGUCCUUGUCGGAGGAGGUCUGCCUCUGGAUCAAACCCGAAGUAGCUUUACGACCUUAUUGUAUGAUUAGGUGUAAUUUUAUUUGUAAUGUUUUCUGCUUAGGCGUUCAGGUUCACUUUUAAAUCUCGGGGAAAAAAAUAAAAAUGCCACGACUCAACCAGCGUAGUCGCUUAACAAACUCCGCAAUACCGUUGACAAAGAUACCGAGUGAUGGGUGUUACUACAAAUUUGGAUUUUCUGAAACGAACUUUGACUGUAUUCAACGGUAAAAUUUGCUAAAACUUC